AUGGAGGAAGAAAAAAGUAAAGAAGAACAAGAAGACUGGAAAGUUUAUGAAGAGCUGAGGCGUACAGAGAUGGAUCCUGAGAUAGGCAAUGAUAUAGUUACUGCUCUUAGGAGUGAUUUAGCGGGAUUACAGUAUAAGCGCAAUAAACUAAUUUCAGAGAACAGCGAUUUAAAAAAUCAAAUGUUGUCACGAGACCAGCGUAUACUGGAACAACAAGUAGAAAUAGAUCAUCUUCGCGAGCAAAAUGCUCGUCAGAAUGCUAUCAUAUCAUCACUCAAAAAGAAAAUUCAAGACUUGGAAGAGUUCAAUCGUAAUUUGCAAACGUCGCAAGGUAGAAGCGAUUUGACAGUUCAAACCCUGCAGCGAGAUAACCGAUAUUGUGAGGAAAAGAUAAAAGAUUUAGAAAAGAAGCUAAGGUCUCUCGAGUUGGAUUGUCAUAAUGAGGAACAACAAAAGGAAAAUGCUCGGUGUCAGUUUCAUGACCUCAUUAGAAGGUUGUCUGUGGCUUUGGACGUGGAGUUUUGCGACACAACUCACACGCAUUCGCCUGAAAGUUUAAUUAUAAAAGCAGCAGAACUAGUUCAAGAUAUAACGCGAUUAAAAAACAAAUGCAUGAACACUACGGAGAACUUAUCAACCAUCGAACAGGAUUUACGCAGUUGCCGUGAUAGUUUGGAAAGGGCCAACUCUGAUAAAGACAUUAUCCAAAGACAACUCUCUUCUCACCUUCUUGAUAUUGAGCGCUUAAAACAAGAAAAGGAGUCACUGGCGGUAUCCAAUAGAGUUUUAGAGAGAGAACUGCAUGAGGCUCGAGAAAAAUUUUCUCACUGUUCGAAAAAUUUAAACGUGGUAACAGAUAACGUGAAUCAAAAUGAAUCUAUGAUUAUUCAGUUAAAAGAGGACUUACGACAUCGAGAUGAAAAAUAUCAAAGAUUACAAACAGAAUUCCGUAAUACUAUGGAAUCUAUUGCAAUCCUGCUAAGCCUGCCAACUCGCUUCGUUGAAGCUCAUGAGAGUACUAUUAAAGACCGAAUUAGAGAAAUACUUAGCGACAAUAAAGAUAAAUCAGUGCAACUCGAAGCUUUCCGUGACAAAUUGAACCUGGAAAGCCAACAGCUAGGCAGGACGGCACACUUGCACGAUCAAGCUUCGACUCGCGUGAGAAUUUUAGAGGAUGAAAGAAACAUGCUUGAAGCCAAAGUGCAUAAGCUUGAAUCAGAACUUAAUGCUUUGGAACUGUCUAAAGAUAACUUGCGAAAAGAUAAAUCAAAUUUCGUUGCAUUCCUUGAGCGACUCAGCCGAACUCUCAAUAUGGAUGAGUUAACACAAGACAUCGGUAUAGAACUCCACACUGAGUCGAUUUUACAUAGGGCCGAGCAACUGGCGAGACUCGAGAGCGGUAAAAUUGUAGACAAGACCGCAGUCGUUUAUCAACUUCAACGUCGAAUACGUAUUUUAAGGGAGCAACUUCAGAGGAAAGACUUACAUUUAGACUUACUGCGUCGGAAGCUGAGUGUUCAGGACGAGUCUUCUCGAGUUCGAGCCGUGCUUCAAGCUGAAAGGGAUGAAGCAAUCGGCCGUAGCAAGAAGCUAGCUCGCCAGUGUGACAAGCUUAAUGUCCAACUGAGUGAUGCUCGUUCCCAACUUCGCGAUCUUAAUGCACAACUUGCUGAUGCUGCAGAAUACAAGAUUACAUCGCUUGAACGAGCAAGAAAGAUAGAAGAGCUGCAAAAGAAGAUAGAUGAAGCUGAACUAUUAAGAGCUCGGUAUAAUCGCAAAGUCAGCGUUCUGAAAGACCAAGUACGAGCUACUGGAGAGACCUUCGAACAAGAGAGAACCAGUACCGAGCACCAAUUAAGUAUUCUAAGAGAUGACCUAGCCAGGACCAAGGAGGCACUUGUGGAAUGUCAGAGGCGGGAGGCACAAUUGCAAAGCUUUAGGCACUCGAUAGCAAAGCUUCUAGGCAUACUCGUACCAUCUUCUGUGUCAGACUUUGAGAUGGUAUCUCGACUGCAGAAGUUAAUAGAUGCUCAUCACGACUUCACAACAGUUUCUCGACGAUACGACGACCCUGCCUUAUUGAGGGCCUCCUCAAGAUCACCUCCACCUUCUAGGUGUAGGACGAGGACACCUGAUAGGUCCCUCCGCUACGACGAUUCUGGUUACGCGGAUCCCGCGUUCGACCUUGAGGACGAAUUAUACAAGAGUCGAGCCCCUUUGUGACAGUCGCGACGCCGCGCCCGCUUCUAGUCUUGCAGAUGUUGGCUGAAGAAGAGGCGCACAUGAAAAACUCAAUUUUCUAUACGUCAUUACUUAUUCAUUAAAUUGAUAAUAAUGUAUGAUUGUUUAAUGUUUCAAGGUAGCUCUUAGAAAUAUCGUGCUUUAACAAUAUCUAGAGAAAGUUAAUCAAAGAUCUCAUAUUUUAUUUUGUUGAUAUGUUUCUUUAAUUUUUAAAACAUCUUCAAAAAAUAUUUUUGCCACUUUAUCGAGAAUGAAGGGCGUAUUUUUUACUUGGUAGAAGGUGAAAUACAGGCUAAGGCAACUCACGACUGCCUAAAAUGCCUAUUUGCUCGUCUUUAUAUUUUGCUCUUUAAAAUAAUAGAAUAGUUGAACUUCCAAUAGCUUUAUUUGAAGAUUUGAAAAGAAAUAUGAAAAGUAUUUCAGCACUUUAAAUUAAAAUAAAUCGUUAAUUAAAAUAAUUACGUGUUAGAUACUGAUAGUAUUUUGAACAAGUACAAAGUUGGGUGUAUCAAGGAUGUAAUUAAAACGCGGAAGGAAAUGUCACCAAACAUUGACACGUAAUCUAAGCAAAAUAAUUAUUUAUUAAAAUGAAAUCGCAUUACAGCCUGUUGUAUAAAUUCAAGAGGCAAAAUGAUCUCAAUUUUCAAUAAAAGUUGUUUUUUUUUAAAUUUAUCGUGGCCUAUAAAUAUCAAGAACAUUAGAAAAUAAUUGUAAACAUAUAUAUGCUACUUACU